AUGGCGGCCGAAGAGAAAGGGGAAGCAGGGGAGGAUAUUGAUACUAUCGGAAUUUAUGUAGGCGGUCGUAAUCCGGACGGUGAACGGCACGGGGAAGGAUGGGCUGCGCUACCGAACGGAGACUUCUAUCAGGGUUGUUACUGCCGUGGAAUGAGGAAUGGAAAAGGGCUGUACGUAUUUAGGAAUGGAGCUCGAUACGACGGCGAAUGGCGACGAGCGAUGAAGUAUGGAGUGGGCACGUUUAUAUAUCCAGACGGUUCCAAAUACGAAGGCGAUUGGCGCCACGAUUUGAAACAGGGUUUCGGGGCCUACUACUACCCUAACGGAGACAUUUACGAGGGCGCUUGGUUCAAGGGUAAAAGGCAUGGUCUUGGCACCUAUUUCUUCGCUGAGUACAACGUGAAGUUCAUGGGGACUUGGAUAGAAGGCACCAUUGAAGGGCCGGGGCAGAUUAUUUACCCGAGAUACCGGUUCCAUGGAUCGUGGCUCAAAGGUCUCCCGAAAGGGCCGGGGUGCUUCGUGUUCGACACAAAUUGUAUGCAGCAUGGCUUCUACCUGCUAAUCAGGGAUCCUGCUCUUGAGGAGUACGGGGAGGGCGAGGAGGAGAAGAAAGAAGAAGAAAACGUGGAAGGAGAGGAAGAAGUCGAGAUAGACGAGACGAAAGGCAAAGUAGCAGUGUGGCGCGCGCGCAACGUGACCGCAUACAUGGCUGAGUUGCUUCCUCCAGAGGCAGUGCCUCUCCCAGUGCAUGACUCACUACCCUCCCUCACGGACGAGAGCAUAGAGACCGACAUCCUCAAGUUCGAGGCUCCCUCCAUCGUGGGUGAGGAGGAAGAUGGCAAUGAUAACGACUCCUGGCUCCUACACCGGCAGCAGUUCCUCGAAGAGCCUGAAAAGGAUGCUUAG